AUGGCGUUCUCGUUCGGCAAGGCACCUUCUACCAGUGCACCUAUGUUCGGCGGAGGUGCGUCUUCGACGCAGCCCAAUACAGCGGCAAAUGGCUCGUCGUCGCUCUUUGGUGCUAAGCCUGCGACGGGCACAGGUUUGUUUGGUGCGCAGCAGCCACAGCAACCACAGCCAGGCCCAACGUCCUUGUUUGGUAACGCUGCAGCACAGUCCCAGACUGGGUCUACUAGUGGUGGUCUGUUUGGCCAAAGCACGACGCAGCCGCAGCAGCAACAGAAUAGCGGUGGAUUGUUUGGCCAGAACACGUCGCAGCAGCAAACCUCCGGCGGGCUGUUCGGUCAAAAUACGACUCAACCGCAGCAGCAGCAGCAGCAGCAGCAAAAUACCGGUGGUCUGUUUGGCCAGAACACAUCGCAGCCGCAGCAGAGCAGCGGUGGAUUGUUUGGUCAGAACCCAUCGCAGCAGCCGAGCACGGGCGGACUGUUCGGUCAAAGCACCACGCAGCCGCCACAGAACAGCGGCGGACUAUUUGGUCAGAGUACUGCUCAGCCGCAGCAACAGCCACAGCCACAGAAUAGCGGUGGGCUGUUUGGUCAGAGUACGUCGCAGCCACAGAACACCGGAGGGUUGUUUGGCAAGCCCGCGAGCGGUGGCUUGUUUGGCACAGCGUCGACGACGCAGCCUGCCCCAGGCAGUGGCCUGUUUGGCCAGACGAACCCGGCGGCAUCCCAAGCGUUGGGCGCCUCGACAGCUUCGACGACCAACAUGGGACCUGGCAUGCUAGGUGCGUCGCAGGCGCCUCAGCCGGAUAAGAAACUGGGCGCGUCUCUGAGUGCGCAAUUAGAGCGAAUUGGUGCGAGUUGGGAUACGUCGAAUUUGAGCACUUGUCAAUUCCAGUACUAUUUGUACAAUCGUGCGCCGGAUGCACAGAGCUUGCCGCAGUUGACUGUACGUCGCCCUGAUGCUGUGGGGCCAAUGCACGAUGCGCUAUGGACCAAAGCGUUGCGUGAAAACCCAGAUCCGGAGCGUCUAUACCCCGUUCUUGCUGUUGGCUUUGGUGACUUGCAAACGCGUGCCCAGGCGCAACGUGCCGAAGCAGCGCGGCAGCGUAAUAAGAUGGCUGAGCUGUCUAAGCAGCUGGCCACGUUGCAGCAGAAGCAUGACUUGUCCAAUGCCGUUCGUGCGCAGGCGGCUAUGAUGACGCAAAUGCGUAUUCACCAGCGUCUUCUCACGGCCAUGAAAGACAGUUCUACGUUGAUUCCUGCGUUGCGUGGACAGAGCCUGACGGAGAGUGAGGACGAUGUGAAGGCCGUGCUGGAAAGCUGCGAAGCGCAGCUCAAUGGUGCCGUUGGUGACUAUGCUGCGCCCUCGGCGGAGCAUACGCGGCUGCGUGCGCACCUCAAUGAGCUGUGGGCGCAGCUGGGCGUAGUGCGUGCGAAGCGCGAAGCUCUGCAAGCGCAAGGCCGAGCGAGUGGCGGCACGGAAUGGGUGGUCGUCGACGAGUCCUCGUUUGACGAGAUUACCAGCAUCCUCGGCACGCUGCAGCAAGGAUUGGUGCACCUAACACACACACUGACCUCGGAUGCCAAGGCUCUUGAUACUGUGUGUGAUGGCUUGCAAGGCGUGCCGUUGGUCGGCGUACGCCAUCGGUAA